UGUGUGUAUGUUUGUGUGUGGGUAGGGAAGAAUCAGGUUGUAAUGCGAAAUUGUGUACCGGUUUUUGUUUUCGAAGCCACUGGAGUGGAGUUUAUGUGCAGCGUUCGGUGCAAAACGAUUUGCUUUUUGGUUUUGUGUCGUGGAAAGCAGUUUGAUUUUGAACGUGUUUAUUUGUAGACAAAUAUAUCAAUGAAAAUGAAGCGAAUUAUUGUUGGAAAAUUCCAACACUAAAAAACGGAAGCACACGCACAAGCUUCAUCAAUAAUGAACCCUAUUUUUCAGGGAGGUUAGCUUUAUGCGAAUUUUAGGGCGUCCGUUUUUAGGCUUUAUUGAUUUCGCCACGGUCGCCACGACAACGCGCGGACGCUUCAAUUCACAAUUAUCGCCGCCUUUGAUGCGACUUUGACGGGUGCGUCUGGGACAAGCUUAAAGUCUGCCAAAACCAGCACGACAGAAGGUCACCGUUGUAGUGUUUUCGGGGGGUUUUUUGUUUUUAUUUGUCGCGAAAGUUAUCGGACAGCUGUUUUCGCGUUGAGGGCACCCUGCCCGGAUGGCGCAAGGUGAAGGAUUAGUUCGUGUGCGUGUGUGUGUGUUUUUUUUUCCUUCUUUUUUUUGCCACCCCGUGCACAAGAAGCUGUGAGUGAGUGACUGUGCCCGCGCGCGCGUGUGUUUAAGUGUGUGCUAAUUUAUGCUGUCAGAGUGAAAUCGGAGCGAAAAAGUGCACAAGGUCACACGCUGAAGCAAUCGCGCGCCCGCGAUGUUAUGCACAAAAGUUCUUCUUUGUACAGCGCUACAAUGUAUCGUUCAGUGACCUAAAAUGGUUUCCGUCUCUUCCGUCGGGCGUGUGUGUGUGUGUGUGUGUGCAGGCAAGCUCGGUGUUGUGUUGCCGAAAAAAAACACCCCCACUGGAUCUGGUACUUCCCCCCCCCCCCCCCCCAAAGUAGUGUAAACAGUACUAAAUCCGGCCGGCCAUUCUCGCUGGCUGGAAGAUGCAGCAGCCAGCCUGAGCCAAGAGUGCAUCUCUGAGCCGAAUGCAAAUAGAAUAAAAUACAAAAUCCCACUAAACGUUGGAAAGCCAGACCAACGGCACUGUGUGGCUAUGUGUGUGUGUGUGAGUGCGCGCCUUCGGUGCAUUGCUGCUUAUCAGAGACGCCGGGUGCGGAAUUGGUGCCGGAAGUUGAACCCGGUUAAGCAGCACCCGCCGGCGACUGGACCGGAUAAUAAGCAGCUGCAAUAAUUCUCAAGCCUUCCUCUUGCAUCCAACGGUGUUUGUUGUUGUGGUUGUUGUUGUUGUUGUCGGGAGGAUCAGUUUGCAUCGAGACCGGUCCGCGGACCGUUUUCUUCCAUCCGACCAGCGGCAGUGGGCGGCAGUGAGGCAGGAAAAGGAAUGUUCCCAGAGCUGGAUUCGAUGGAAGGAAUGGCGAUGGGCAACCGGCAACCGAGCAAAGCGGCUGCAGGCCCCGUGACGUAAAACCUCGCAACGGAACCGAGUUGGAAAUGUUGAAAUAAAGAUAACCAAAUCACAAACAGUUCGAAAGUCGAAGGAAGGAAGCAAUAGCAGCAGCAGCAGCAGUGAACUUUCUUCAGUUCGAUCCGUCAACCGUUGUGCGGUGCAGUUGGCGCGUACAGAAACGUUUCACCCGGACGAAAGGCAAGCGCGAAAGUUUACACUAAUAUUUUGCCUGCACCGAACGCAAACACACAUUACACGAGCGACCGUUUAACUGUGCUGGCUUGGGGUCGGUUUGUUUGAACGAGAGGAGGCACAGAAAAAGAAACGCCGACGAAACACUGGCAGGAAAAAGCUGUAAAGCUUGUCUUGAGGUGACUUUUGCCCACAUCUAGCGCCGCCUGCCGAGAGCCCAAACCGUCCCGGACAGACGGAUUUUCGGUUCGUCCCUCUCCUCCCCAAAAAGCACACCCUGUCCAAACAUCACGCCCAAGCGUCGAACGGUUGGCGCGGUAUAGCAUUACAACCGACAGCCGGUCCUGGGAAAAGAACUACCGGUUCCACCGUACCGAACGCUCCCGCACAAAAUGUCGUCCAGAUCAAAGGAGAAAGUAACGGCCGCCAUUAGGAAGUUCUUCAAAAGCUCGGAAAGCAAGAGCAAGGAAAGUAAAGACAAGGACGGCAACGGCACCCACACGGCCGCCCCGACCGAGGGCGCCGAUUCGAGCCACCUGCAUCUUCCCGCCCACCAUCACCAUCCGUCCGCGGCGUCCGUAGCCCAUCCGGCCGGGCCGGGUGCGAGCGGGAUGGGCGGUAGUGGGUCGGGCGGACCGACGGCAGCAGUCGCCGGCAGUGGGAUGGCGAACGGCGGUGCCCCAGUGUCGAAUGGCACCGGUGGCAACAGUAAUAGCAGUAGCAGCAACAGCAAAGCCACCACCGACAGCCCCAUGCGGCGAUUACGAUGCGUUGUGGCACCCACCACCACCACUAUGGUGCACGUUCCUGUCUCGAAACCGCUCGACACCACCAUUCGGUCGAGGCGGCUAAUGAAGGAGCUGAAGGAAAUCGAGCGGUUACAGCACUCCCGGACGGAUCCAUGCUUUACGGUGGAGCUGAUUAACGAUAAUCUGUACGAGUGGCACGCACGGCUGUUCCGGAUCGAUCCCGAUUCACCGCUGGCCGAAGAUUUGGUCGAGCUGAACAUACCCUUCAUCCUGCUGCACCUAGUGUUCCCGGAGAACUUCCCGUUUGCACCACCGUUUAUGCGUGUCGUUGAGCCGCGGAUUGAGAAGGGGUUCGUGAUGGAGGGUGGAGCUAUCUGCAUGGAGUUGCUGACGCCUCGCGGCUGGGCCAGUGCCUACACGGUCGAGGCGAUACUGAUGCAGUUUGCCGCGAGCCUGGUGAAGGGGCAGGGCCGUGUGUCGCGCAAGCCAAAGUCGGCGAAGGACUUUAGCCGACGCUCCGCCGAGGAAGCCUUCCGAUCGCUGGUGAAAACGCACGAAAAGUAUGGCUGGGUGACGCCCGCCCUGAACGAUGGUUAGAAGGUUAGAUUGUUCAUUUUUGUACACACUAGUGCAAUGCACCUUAAGCUCGUAAAAGCAUUGAGAAGCGAUGCGCAGGAUAGGUGUUGUGAGUAUUUCGUUUCAUUUUUCGUCCCACAAAAGCUACACACCUUCUCUAGCUAGUAAAAUAUAUAUCAUAUACGUUUAACUCAAACUUGAACUCAACGCUUCAUUCGGAAUUUUACACCACUCUAUCAAAAUGUCCUAUUUGAGAAGAUCUCACCUUUGAAGCAGUGCGGGCAAAACUUGCCCGUAAAAUUCGCCACCGUUGUCUGCCGGAACCACAACUAAUAGAAAAAAAUACAGUAAGCAAACGAACCGAUCUGUCCCUGAAUAACCGAAAAACCCGCGUGAUAUUUUUGCGAUUAUAAACUCCUCGUAGGUGGUUCGUAAAUUUGAAGGAAUCGUAUGUAAAAUCGUUAAGUUUCGAGAGCUUUGAUAACACAGGACAGGCAGGUGAAGCAAUCCACCCAUACAAACCACCACUAGCAAGGACCCUCUCCCUAAGCAAUGUACAAAAGCACCAGGAUAAUGCGCAAAACAAAAAACGACAAAAAGAAACGCAUAAAUAGAGCGAAAAUCAGAUAGGAAGAAAAAAUGAAAUGUAUUUAGCUGCAUCGAUUGAUGCGUACCGAGAUCUAGAUAUAACUACAAAGCAAGCAGAACCGUAGAGCAGGUCAAGCACACAAACAUUGGGUGUGAUUAAAUACGCAAACGUAAACUGAUUCAGGUUGGUGAGUCGAGCCGGAAAGGAAAGGAACAUUGUGAACCAACCCAAACCAAACCAAAACCAACUAACCGUGUGCUCAAAAAGUAUUAUACAUAUGCUGAUGAUUUGUUUGUUUUGGUGGGCAGGACGAGCUCCUCGCUUCGCUUGUGAUUGUGGUGCGAGUUAUUAGUAUUGCGUGUUACGGCUGGCCGAAAAGGGGGGUGGACAGACAAAAGCAAGGAUAAAACAGAGAGACACAGAGAGAGAGAGAAAGGCAAUGUGGCUUUGUUUAUGAAAUUGUUCAUCGCCGUGUAUAAGGAUAAAAGAUUUUUGUAAAUAAAAAAAGCAGCCCGCAUAUUUUAAUGGUAUAAGAGAUGUAUUCCAACAAAUCGAA